AUGGCUUUGGUUCAGACCUUAGCCUUCCAGAUACCAAACAUCAAGUUCCUACACCUGUGCAGAAAAGAUCUCAGGCAUGCCGACGCCUUGGUAUACAUAUCAUCCAUGCUGAAAUAUGAGAGCGUUAAAGCCAUAAAGGUAACAAGAGUAUAUGAACUUCCAAUCACCCCACAAAAGUCAUUCGCUACGAAUAGUGAAGACGUUUUAGGGGAGGACAUUGAUGACGACAACGUAGGUGAGGAUAUUGCUGAAGAUUUCAUCGAAGAUGAUAUCAUGACGAGGGAGAACGAAGAUGCGGACUUCAGCAACGAAGAAGACUGGAGAACCGAGAUUCACCUCUACAUUGAAGAAGGUACCCUACUUGCAGACUUUGAGCAAGCCAGAAAGAUACAAUCAAAGGCGGGGAAAUACGAUCUUUGUGAUGGAGUCCUGUACAAAAAAUCCUUCCUCGGACCACUACUACGAUGUUUAUCAAGAGAGGAAGGGCAUCGUAUUUUGAAAGAUAUCCAUAGAGGGGACGCUGGUAACCACAGCGGAAUGAGAUCAUUGGCGGAUAAAGCAAAAAUGAAGGGGUUUGGCAUUCCCGCAGAAAUUGUCUCUGACAAUGGCAAGCAAUUACAAGGGAAAAAUAUAGAUAUGCUCUUUGACACUUUCAAGAUUGGGAAGAAAAAAUCAACCCCCAUUUACCCCCAGAGUAACGGCCAGGAUGAAACUACAAACAAGACCCUUGGUCUUAUCCUCAAGAAGAAAUUGGACGAACACAAAGGACGAUGGUGCGAGCAAUUACACAAUGUAUUAUGGGCAUACCGAACAACACGAAUGUCCGCAAUGGGUGAAUCACCGUUCCUCCUCACUUACGGAGCCGGAGCAGUCAUCCCGACAGAAAUUAUCAUGCCAACCACAAAGACCGAAGCAUUGGAGAAGAAUCUCAUGGCAGAUAUGAUGCUAUAA